AUGGUGUUCGUCCGUCCGUCUACCGUUGUCUUUCUCCUCUUCUUCGCCCAUUUUUGUGAUGGGCUCAGUUGGGCGGCGUGGAGUCCGUGGAGUCCGUGCUCCAAAACGGUACGUGGUCGAGAAAAUCCGAUCUGCCGGCCUAGAAAUUCAUCUACUUUUUCAGUGCGGCGGUGGGGUGUCGCGUCAAUUGCGACGGUGCCUAACGUCGAAAUGUUCGGGCGAGGCGGUUCGAUUCAAAGUUUGUGCUCAAAAAGAUUGCGAGUCGAAGAAUAGAUUAGCUAGGGAUACAAUUUGCGGUGGCGAGGAGAUUGUCUCCAGGCAACAGGUAUCGUAAUCAGCUAUGUGUAAAUUUUCCGUCAGUUAUGGUGUUUGCAGUGCGAGGUCGUGUGCCGUGCGCGCCAAACUCGCGCCAACUUCCUGUGGCGAGUCGACGACGGAACGCCGUGUCAGGCGGCGACGAGUCGGGCGGUCUGCAGCAAAGGAUCAUGUCAGGUUGGGGUCCAAACAUUUUGGGAAAACGACAAAAUUCGAUUUCAGAUUGUCGGUUGCGACGGUCUCGUCGGCUCCUCGUUCCGUUUCGACGCGUGCGGAGUGUGCGGCGGGCGAGGAGACACUUGCGAAAACGGAAAAUUCAUUUGGAAAGUUUCAGGUAACCCGAUUGAGCAAACGCGCUCGGCCGUGUGCGACCUGAGUGAGUUCUGCGCCUUUAAAUUUGAGAAUAAAUACGGUAGCUCACAAUUUUCCUAUAUUUUCUGACAAAACAGCCGAUUUGAGGCUGUAAGCAAUUUUCUCUUUGAAAAUCCGUCCGAAAUUGGUUUAUUUGUCUGAAAACCAACCGUCCUCAAAUUUAAAGGCGCAGAACUGCAGUUUGAAAACGAUUCGCUCCGUGCGUGACGCGCCAUCGUCGAGAAUAAAUCGAGAAUAAAAAGUGAGAAUUGCAGAAGAGUACACGGCGUGUGCGUCGAAUUGCGACGACGUGGUCGACUGGUCGGGCGCCGGACGGUCGAUAGCGUCGGAGAGUCAGCCGAUCGUCGUUUGCGUGAAUGCGAUCACCGGAAGGGUCGUGCCCGAGAGACUGUGCGCCGACAAGCUCCGCCCCAAUGUCGAGUCGAGACCCUGUCCGAUGCUCAUUUGUCCGUCGAGGUUCGAAGUUCUCGCUUCUCGGAAAAUAACAUUACCUGCGUUUUUUUUUAAAUCUCGUCAACGUUCCAGCACUUUUCAAAUUUUAUAAUUUUUACCUUUAAUAAGUUUAAAUCUGAAAUUGUUUUGAAAUGAGCCGUAAGUUUGCUUCGAGCUCAAUUCAGAUUCAAUUUUAUUUAAUUUCUAAAACGUUUCAGAUGCCGGUGAGUUGAAAGGGUGGUAAGCCGAAAAAAACGUGUGCCCCAUAAGAAUGACGGGGAUUAUUGAUUGUCCUUUCUCUGCUAACAAUGUGUACAAUGUUUUAAAGCUCUAAUUUUGUGACAACCAAGUUUUUGAACAUUUUUUCUAACAAUUUCUGAGUUCAACACUUCACUGAAGAAUGGCUGCGUUUUAUUCUAGAGCAUGACAAUUUUCCCUUAUUUUUCCUACUUUUCCUUAUUUCCAGGUGGAUGACGGCCGACUGGAGCGAAUGUGCGCCACAUUGCGGUCCGGGAGCACGGCGCCGCGAGGUCUAUUGUGUGCAGACCGCCCAUAAUGUCACCGUGCACGUUCCCGACACGUUUUGCGAAAACGGCACCAGACCGGUAGGGCAUUUCGUUUUUCAAAUCAUUUAAAGGCGCAAGCCUUCGAAUCACAUUCUACCCAACUGAUCGAGUCGAAGAUAUUGUGGCGGUAUUUGACUGCAAUCACGCUCUAUCGAGAAAUUCUAGAAGUUGACCAGAUUGCGAGCAGAGCGCGUUUGCAGAGGAAUACCGCGAUAAUGGACGCCCAAAACACCGAGUAUAUCGUUCAUCGACUAGUUCGAAUAGUCGUUUUGAUACGCUUCACGGUCUCCAGAGCUGACAAUAUGGGCGUCGCCUCGGCCAAAUGGCGUUUUCAUGAAUUGAGCAGGUUUUCUCUGAUUUUUGUGGUCAACAGCGGUGAAAACUGAUUGUCCGACGUGAAAACACACUAAUUCUCAAAAUUAAUGACGUUUUGGCGCAUUUUUCGCGGAUUUCGCUUUUUCGCCUUCGCCGCCGAUCGCCGCCUAAAAGCCGCACUUCUCAUUUUGCGCUUUCUUGACCGUUUUCAGAGAGAAUUGGUUUUGCGAAUAAUAAAUCACGUAAAUACAAGCAUUUUGAGCGCUCGAACCGCGAAAACUACCGAAAAGCAACUGAAAUUCACGCAGUUUUAGCCAAAAACCUUCAAACGAAUAAAUGUGAUUUGCGACUUGACCAAAUUUAACGCUCUUGCGCUUAAAAAAUUUGUAAUAGCCUAUACAAGCGGUCUAUCAAGAGACAAAUGAGAAAUUAUCGGUUUUUCGUGGCUAAUCUGGCAAAAAACACAAAUUUUGCUGUUAAAAUUUGAGUUUCGCGCCAAUGUAUCGCUCUAUUUAGCGGGGCGCACUUGCGCCCCGCAAAUGUUUUGUCGAAAUUUGCAGCCGGCCGAGGAGAACUGCGUGUCGACGUCGUGCGGUCGAUGGGAAGCGGGCCGGUGGUCGAGAUGCACCGCGUCGUGCGGUCAGGGAAUGCGUCGGCGCCACGUGGCAUGCGUCGGUGGGUCCGAUUGCGACGAGGGCGGACGGCCGCGCCAGCAAACCACGUGCUACGCAGGCAUCCCGUGCAGUAUCGCCACCAACAGGUUGGUCUGGAUUUGAGAAACUGCUUUUCUGUAUUGCAAGCCACCCUUCAUUUUCUCAUCAAUCUUCAUCACAUCAUGAAUUUCUAAACCCUCUUUCCAGUACAAUUCGUAUUUUGUACACUUUGAAUUUGAAGGAAUUACUCUGUUCCCCUCCCCUAUACUUGAGUACUACAAGGAUUUGAAAGGGGUUUGGACACAAAAAGAAAAAUUACCCUUUUUUGCGUUUCGAAGAGGAUUACUCAUGGGACACUGCAAAAGUUGCCUUUUUUUGAAGAGGAUUACGGUAGAACUGUGGAUUGGAAAGGAGCGAAACAAUUCAUGUUUUCGAAACGGCUUGAAAAGUGCGCUAACCCCGUCCCUUUUAAGCCAUUUUCAGACCAUUUGAGCCCCCUUUAAUCUUAUAAUAUCAACAAAAAAAAAGUCUUGUGCUCAAGUUUGUACUCGUUCAAUCCUAAAAGUGCCCCCUUUCCAUUUACAACUACUACUAUUGUUCUUUAUUUCUUUCUGCCCCCCCUCCAUUUUAUUUUCUCAAGAAGAUGUCGUCCCUCGGCUUCUUCUUCUUCUUCUUCUCCUUUCCGCCGAAAAAUUGAUGGCCCCCCUCUCCUUAUUCUUCUUCUUCUUCUUCUCUCCUUGGCUCCACCCCUUUUAGGCGCCGCCCCCCCCUUUUUACAUUCAAUAAUUGGACGUGCCCGCCCUCUUUUUGUUUUGUUUUCCGAGCUCCGCCGAGCACAAAUUCACACGUUUUAUUGUGCGAAAAGCGGAAAAUGCUCCGAUUUUUGCUAUUAUUUGUCGGAGGAGGAACCCUCAUAUUGGGUGCGAAUGCUUUGUAAGUUGCAUUUUUCGAAAUUUCAUGAAGAUUCUAGAAGUUUUGCCCUGUCGGACUGCAAUCGCGCUCUAUCGCACACCUCGUGAAUUCGGUGCUAAAUUGGAAAAAGUCGCGAUGGGAUUGCGGUAGAGCGCGAUGUUAGUGUCAAAUGCCGCCAUAAUAUGAAUUAGCAGUGACAUAUGGUCCCUAAUAUUUUGGACCCCCUUGUGGAAUAAAGAAAAUAAGGAAGCAUAAGGGGCACUUGAGAAAUCAAGAGGUGUGAAAUUAUUAGUUUGGAGCAGAGCACGCAGAAGUAAACAUUAAUGGAAAUGGGGGUGCACCAGGUUUGACAGGUUUUCGCAUUCUUCUGAUAAUGGACUACAUCUUGGAACCCCAUUUUUUGAAACGGAAACAAAAUUGCAUGUUUUUUGUUUCGCAAACUUUCCGAAAAGCAACAUUUCUCACUCGUUUUUGACCCCUUUCCCAUCCAAUUGUUUGUCCAUUUGCCCCCCCCUCAAAAAAUCUCAGGGGACUCUAAAAAUAGAGAGCAAGUGGAAGUAAAAGGGGAGAAAGUUUUGUGCUCUUGGCCAUUUGUGAAAGAGCACACAACAACUUUCGGGCCCCAAAUAUUUAGGGAAGGAAAACAUGGAAUACACUUUACUAUACCUUAUCUCGAGAAUAAACAAUCGAAUCGGUCUGAAACGUGGGCCCAACAUACUUGAGUCCAACUACAAAAAUCCUGUAGGGUUUGGGUCCCACGGCGAACAUUUGUGAACAUGGUUUGAACUUCCCGCCCGUAUUUUGACGCUGCGUGCUAAAGGGGUACGAUUUGCGAUACGGAGCGGUUCACAAGUGUUCGUCGUGGGUUCCAUCAGAAUAUUUCAACUAGGUCAAAGAGGUUCAGGCCGCGAGAAGCACAGAUUUUCAUUGAAAAAUACUUCUUCUUUUAUGCGUUUGUGUGUCAUCUCUUCUCCAGCAUUGUAAAUACAAGUUCUGACCACUUGAGCUCUGGGCUCACACGCCGUCCGUAUAAUAAUAAUAAUAACAAUAAUAAAUGAACACCCUUUGCUCGCCCGCACCCACCCUAAAUGCCUCAUUGUUCUUGCCGCUCUCCGAUUAGUCGCCAAUUGGCCGCCGAGCCGUGCGUGAGCUCAAGCGAAACUUGUCAAAUCCAUUAUGUCAUUUUGCGCCCCCCGACGGCGGAACUAUAGAAGAAGAUGAAGAAGAGGCUGCUGAAAGGUGGCAUCGGAUGAAUUUAUGCAUAAACGGGGACUAACGAAGGGAGGAGGGAACACACGCACUUUUGAAUGCCGAAUUUGCAAAUUUCCCCCAAAUUUGCAUAGAAUAAUGGGCGAAUUUGAGAGAAAUGAAGAAAAGCGUACUGAGGAUCCAAUUCAUUUCUGGUACUUUCUUUCGAAGACAUUCAAAUGUUUCCUACACAAUUUCCCAUAGUAUACGAUCAUCUAUCACUUUGACCCGUUGAAGAGUUGCACAAUAUAUUUAUGUACCCUCGUCGGUCUUUUGGAUGUUUGUGUUGUUCUUAUCGGUGCACACCCGUCUUAUCUGACACACAAAAAGGCGUUUUUUUUCUCCCGGAAAAACAAUACCCAAGGGACUUUGGAUUUUCCGACUUUCCACAUAAUUGUUUGCCAUCCCACUUUUUUUCUUGCUCUGACCGAGAAAGGAAGAACAAUCUCGAGAAAGGAAAGAAAACGGGACGAUUCAUAGGCGCACACACACACACACUCAUUUGUCAUUUUUGGUGCUCCCGGCCGCGCACCAUGGGAUUAGAGGAAUGAUAGUUUUGGCGCGAAAAAGUCAACCACCAAGAAUUUUGUUGUGGAAAACGGGUCAAUCUAGUCGAAGAGAAUUACGUUUUUGCAGUUUGGACUGGAAUGAUCGAGCCUACCUGGAUGGGAACACGUUCGGAUCGAUGGAUAGAAAUGAUUGGCAGGCGCCCAGGUAGGGGAACAAAUAAGAGAAGCCUCUGGACAAAAUUAUUUCGAGAGAGAGAGAGAGUUAUCGGCUCAAAUCCGGUACAUGGAAUCAUAAACGAUUCGCGAGAUUUUCCCCCAAAUAAUACAAUUUUAAAACGUGGGGGAGGCGCGAGAGAAAGGCGGUUAGCGUGUGAGAGGGCAGAGACGCAGACGCGGGAGAUUUCGCGCCUGCGUCACGCUUUUUCGCACGCUAAACGCCCCACACUUUUUGUCUUGGGAAGCGAAUCGCCCAGGCUUGUGUCAGAAUUGCGGUACUUUUUAUGUUAGCUUUCACUAAACUGAUGACACUUGACGAGUUUCAACGGUUUCACAAACAAUGUGUAUAUAGUGAAUAUAACGUUUCUGUCUCAAAAAUCCGAAAAAACGAUUCCGUGCCCCACAAAUCUCGAUGAAAUGGUCCAAGUGAGACCAGUUUUGCUGCUAUGAAUAUCAAAAAAGCAAUUCUUCACGUUUUUUUUCAGACUGGUGGCCGGCGAGUGGAGUUCGUGUUCGUCGACGUGCGGAACGGGCGUCAUGUCGCGCAGCGUCGAGUGUGUGGCCGUCAAUCCGAUCUCGUCGGCGCCCAUCAAACUGCCAAUGUCCGAGUGCCAGGGUCCGUUUUAAGGCGAUGAAUGAGCUCUCGGAGCGGAAAAAAGCUACGCUCGAAUGCGGCUUCAAUGAAGAAAAAUAGAGAGUUUCUUAAUGAAUGAAUGCGCAUAAUUGAUGAGGAAACUCUGGAUUCAGAUUUUUUUUCUCGUCAAUUCUAGAUGAAUAUCAUAUUUGAAAAAAACAACGAAGGGAUUGAGAAGUGAACCAGAUUGGUUACAUACAAACAAAGAGUCUAACUUUUGCCUAGAACUUAACAAAGCAAAAAAAUGAGGUCAGCAGAUUCUGACGACGCCUAAAUCAAAACUUUUCUCAUGAUCCAAUGUACCAUUCUAAUUGCUUUAACAAUUCAAUUCAACAAUUGACCCCGAAAUUUUCAAGUCUAGUCUUCAAUUUUCAGAUCAAGAACAACCGAAACUGUUCGAAUCGUGCGAAGUGCGCAGUUGUCCGCUCCAGGAAGACGCCAAGUUGACGGAGGACGAGGCGCCGUUCCAAUGGAGAUACGGAGACUGGACACAGUGCAGUGCCUCGUGUCUUGGAGGUAGGCAGAAAAAUGAUAAAAAUCUGUGAAAAAUAAUGUUCCUAACAUAGAAACAUGCAUUUAGUUUGAUUGCCCUUCGUUCAAUAACAGACCCCAGACUAUCCGAGUCAGAACUCGUAUUGAAUCGCCUCAAAGCUAACACUGUUUAGUAUUGAAAAUUACUCGAGAAAAUAGAAAUGAAUCGCCGUGUGAAUUCACCAAUUGUUUUCAGGCAAACAAAAGGCGGCGCUGAAGUGCAUCCAAGUCGCAUCGGGCAAAUCGGUGCAAUGGUCCCAGUGCGACGCGCGUCGUCGUCCGCCCGAGAAGAGCCGCCCGUGCAAUCAGCAUCCGUGCCCGCCGUUCUGGCUGACCGCCAAAUACUCGGAGUGCUCGGUCUCGUGCGGAAUGGGCACCACGCGUCGGAGUGUCAAGUGCGCGCAAACGGUCAGCAAGACGGACGGCGCCGACGCGCACAUCAUACUCCGCGAUGAUCGGUGCCAUUUCAAGAAGCCACAGGAGACGGACACGUGCAAUGCGAUUGCCUGUCCGGCCACCUGGGUGGUAAGUUCGAAAACACUUGAUUUUUAUUGUUGUUACGUAUGUCACGGCCCGGCUUUUCAUACAUGGGACUUUCGGUUUUUUCAAGUUAUCUCCAGAAAUCGAACAUAAGGACCUCUGAUUUAGAGGUAAAUGUAAGGUUUCUGUGAGAAGUUACAGCUUCACAAUGUCCAGUCCUCCGUAUGCUUUGCCGGCCCGUGUAUGGAAAUGGCCGAUCUGUGCCAUUUUCAACAGUAGUGCGUCUGUAAUUUUUGGAAGUCAAUCGCGAUUGCAUGCGAUGCUCAUGUUUUGCAAUUCCCUGUUUCAAAAAAUAGCUUAAUCGUUUUCAGUGUUUUGAAAGUCAAUAGAUUGUAUGCAUUACAAAAUCAAAAUUUUCUAAUGAAAUGUUUCGGCUGCAUAUUUAUUUUCAAGUUUUUCCGGUACAAAUAUUGCCUUCUGGAAAACUCGAUCAAUAAACAUUUUUCAAGAAUAGCGAACACGACAUUGAUCUUAAAAAAUUGAAUAGCCUUUUUAAAACCGGAAUUGAAUAGAAACCAAUUUUCGGACGACGCCAAAAAAUGUCUCAAAGUCCAUUGUAUCACCCAGAUUUUUUUCAGCAUAAGCUUAGACUCUUUUAUAAUUCUGUAACCAGUAAAUUCCUGUAGUAAAAAAUUAACUGGCUAUAAAAUAACUUGAAAAUGAAUACGACGAAUUUGCAGACGGCUCAAUGGACCGAGUGCUCUCGUUCGUGCGAUUCGGGCGAGCGACGUCGUCAAGUGUGGUGCGAGAUUAAGGACGCGCGCGGCAAGACGAUGCGCCGUCCGGACGUCGAGUGCGACGCCGCCACAAAGCCCCAAUCGGUCGAGGUGUGCAGUUUUGGCUCGUGCGCCCGCCCCGAACUCCUCACCAAUCGCGUCUUCGAACAAAACGCCGAGCAGAAGAAACUGACGUUGGGGAUCGGCGGAGUGGCGACUCUCUACCAGGGAACGAGCAUCAAGAUCAAGUGCCCGGCGAAGAAGUUCGACAAGAAGCGCAUUUAUUGGAAGAAGAACGGCAAGCGUAUCAAAAACGACGCGCACAUCAAAGUGUCGGCCAACGGCAACCUUCGAGUGUUCCACGCGAGAAUGGAGGACGCCGGCGUGUACGAGUGCUUCACCGACCGACUUCAGGGCAAUGUGACACUCAAUUUCAAGUACAGAGACUUUCCGGCGACUCGCAACCUCAACAACAACAACGACAACGAGUUCAAAUUACCGAAAGCAUCGAAGGAAACAAGCAAAGAAGAGGUGCAACAAGGCGCGGUGCUCCAAAAAUUGAACACCUCGCUCAUCGAAGCGCUGCUGUCGGCGCCGAACGACGAGAAAGCACGAGAACAGUUGCGUCGGUACGGAAACGAGUUGGUCGCCCGGUGGGACAUUGGCCACUGGUCCGAGUGCCGACAGAAGACGUGCCACGUGGCCGGAUACCAGGCACGAGCGCUCCAAUGCAAAGUCUCGUUCCACGGAGAGACGCGCGCGGUGGACACGUCGAUUUGCGAGUCUCUGGCGUCGGUUCGACCGCCCGAGACACGUCCGUGCCAUCGGGAAGACUGUCCGCGAUGGGAGGCCUCACAGUGGUCGGACUGUUCGUCGCAACGGUGCGUCAGCAGCAUGUUGGCACAGAAGCGGAGGAAUGUGACGUGUCGCUUCACGAACGGAACACUCGUCGACAUUCAGCACUGCGACAUCACCAACCGACCAGCGACCACGAUGGAUUGUCCGAAUCGUGAGUCCAAAAUAGAAUCCCUCCCCGAAAAAAACGUGAUAAAUUCAGAGAACUGCAAGGCGGAAUGGCGCACCUCCGACUGGGGAUCGUGCAGUUCGGAGUGCGGCACCGGCGGCGUCCAACUCCGACUCCUCUCGUGCGUCUGGAUCUCGUCGGGACGUCCCGCCGGCCGGAAUUGUGAGCAAAUGCGUCGGCCGCACUCGGCCCGCGCCUGCGUCGCCGAUGAGCCCCUGCCGCCGUGCAUGCCCACCGCCAGUGCGCUCUAUCAGAGAGGUAAUCGAACUUUUUUGAAAGAAAAAAAAAGACUUCAUAGGAUGGACGGACUAAAAGAAUUUCCUGUCUCACAUUUUCAAAAAGAACUUUUCGAAUUUCAACCAAAUCGUGCGUUGUCUUGUCCGGACGCUUUAACGAAAUUAUGGACCCUGUGACUAUCUGCGAACAAUUUAAUUUUUCAACUUUUCAGACUCUUCGUGCCAAGACCAGUCCCGCUUCUGUGACAUUAUCAAAUUGUUCCACUCGUGAGUUUAUAUUUACCUUUUCUGCCGUUUCGAACCAAUCCAAUAGAAGAAAAAAGGGAAAACCAAUAUAGAUUUCUAUUGACUUUAUCACUUAUCACCCCCCAGCCGUCAAAGUGGUUUUGAUGUGAAAUUUACCCACCUACAGUAAUCAUUUUCAAUUUUUUCUCUCAGCUGCGACUCACUGGAAGUACGCCAAAAAUGUUGUUCUACGUGUACAUUUGUCGAGCGGAAAAGAAUUUAA